AUGACAGACUAUAGUGAUUUAGAGUUAUUGAAGAAAAGAAUAGAUUGUGUAUCUGUUGAAAGAGGUUGGAAAUGGAACUCGAAAUCUAAAGUAUCAAAGACUGUACAGCCAACAAAUUCAAAGAAAACAACAACAACAACAACAACAACAGCAACAGCUACAAAAACAGAUAAUCUUUCAAAUACCAGUCAUAAACGUAUACAUAUUUUAUCUUUAUUAAUAUCACCUGAUGAUGACGACUAUAAAGAUAGUAACACUAAUAAAAACAAUAGUAAUAAUAGUACCAAUAAAGAUAUAAAAUCAUCUUCACUAACAAAAUCAAUACCAACAACUACAUCUACAUCAGCAUUAAAAUCAAAUACCACCUCCAAAACAACAAAAGAAAAUAAUCUCACAAAUCAGUUGAAGACAUUAAGAAGAUUAAGUAGUUCAAAUGGUAUUCUUGAUCUUCUUGGUAAUGAAACUUUGUAUUCCAGUAAUGAAACCAUUAGUAAUAAUACUAAAAUAGAUGAUAAUAAUAAUAAUAAUAGUAGUAGCAAUAGUAAUAAUAAUAAUAGUAAUAAAAACAAUGAAAGUAGACAAAAGAAAGUGGAUGACGUUGAUGAAAUGCUUAUUAAGAGUAUGAGCAGAGUUAGCAUUAGUAAACAAUCUGAUUAUACAAAGAAGAAGAUUGUAAAAGAGAGUGAUCCAUAUACUGAUUUACCUUCAAAACCUAAACAAUUCUAUAUGGAUAAAUAUAAAGAUAUCAAUAAUAAAGAUAAUAAUAUUGAUAUUGCAAUAUGUCCACCAUUAAACAAUCUUUCGAAGCUGACCGACUCGGAUCAAGCAAACUAUAUCAAGUUCAAAGAGGAAUAUGUUAGAAACUAUUUCCAGCUGUUCAAUACAACCAUCUUCAAAGACAAAUUCAAAGAAGAUCUUAUUAUCAUCUCAAAGGAAUCGAAAACUCUUACCUUUAACAUCAACGAAUCUACUUCCAGCUCCAACUCCUCCGCGCCAAAGAUAUCACCUGCAACCAUCUCCAUCCAACAGGAUCCAACAACCAAAGACAGAGUUGCAUUCAUAACAAUAUUUAUCAAUCAUAUAUCAACUAUUCAGAAACUUGUAAAUGUCUUGUGUCAUCAGAUGUGUCAUGCAGCAACAUGGAUAUUUGAUGGUAGUACGGUUUCGCAUGGCGUCCAAUUUAAGUAUUGGGUACGUGUUGCACUCGGUAUCUAUCCGGAUCUCUCCAUUGAUCUCUGUGAUAACUACGGACCGACUUCCAAAUAUCACUACAAAUGCUCCAAUGCCAAGUGCUCAACCGUUUUCGGUAGAGACACUCCAUUCGAAGAGGAAACACUCUGUGGUUCUUGUGAAUCACCUAUUGUACCUGUAAAUUUAGAUUCUACAUCGUCCUCUUUCUCGACAACCACCAACAAUAUCAACAACAACAAUGUUAAUAGUGUUAGUAAUACAACCUCAACUACAACUUCAGCAUCAUCUUCAUCAAAUAACAACAAUAAUAAUAAUAAUAAUAUCAUUGUAGAUCCAGAGUUUCAACAGUUCUAUAAUGAAAACAAAGCAAUGAUCGAUCAAAAGAAAAUGGCAUCACCUUUUGUUGUUGCAGGUGUAGAAGCAGUCGCUAAUGGAGCACCUAGAUAUAGUGGAGUACAGAAACAAGUUUUGUCAUUAUAUAGAAAUUUCAUCAGACAAUCAUUAAAGAACGAUAGACUGAAUAGUGGAAGCAGUAGUAGCAGUAGUGGCAGUGGUGAACAAUCAUAUCCGAUGACCAGUUAUAUACAAAGUCAAUUCAGAACGAAAGCCAAAUCAAUAUCUAGAAGAGACAUCUCAAAGAUCGAAAUGAUGUUACUGAAAGGUCAGAGACAAUUAAAAUUAAUUAAAAGUCAAGGCAUGAGUGGAUUCUCUGUUGUUAAUUCUCCUAAUAAUUAA